UAUUUUUAAGGCAUAUAAGGCCUGUCACUCUCAGCACUCUCUUUGAUCUCCUUGACUGCACUUGUAUCCUGUGUGUGUGACAGGAGCAAAGCACAAAGAACAGGAAAAUGGGCGUCCCCUCAAUCCGCAGCAGCUUCUUCGUCUUCUUCGCGCUGGUUUUUGUUGCUCUUCACGGCCUUCUUGUCACUCUCUCAGCUGCUUCUGAAUCUGAAGUUGCUGAUGAGACUCCGUUCACUUACAUCGAAGGAACCGGAAAAGGGCCGAAAGAAUGGGGCCGGAUCGAUCCGCGUUGGCGAGAAUGUGGCACCGGGAAAUUGCAGUCUCCGAUCGAUCUGCUCGAUGAGAGAGUGCAAGUCUUUCCGAAUUUGGGGAAGUUGAAGAGAGACUAUAAACCGGCUCCUGCCACAGUGAGGAACAGGGGACAUGAUAUCACUGUAAUGUGGAAAGGAGAUGCGGGGAAGAUCAACAUAAACGGGACGUACUACAAACUUCUGCAGUGUCACUGGCAUUCGCCAUCCGAGCACACAUUCAACGGAUCGAGAUACGACUUGGAGCUUCACGUCAUCCAUUUAAGCUCUCACGGAGAAAUAGCCGUUAUCGGGAUCGUCUACACGUAUGGCCGACCUGACCCUUUCCUCACAAAGCUUCUCGAACACAUCAGAGCAGUCGGGAAGAAGGGAGUAGUUGGGAAGAAAGAAAGAGACUUGGGGGUCAUCAAUCCAGGGAUCAUCAAAUUCGGCAGCCGGAAAUACUUCAGAUACAUCGGUUCCCUCACGGUCCCUCCGUGCACCGAGGGCAUCGUGUGGACCAUUGUCGGGAAGGUGAGGACAGUCUCGAGGGAGCAAGUAAGAGCUCUGAGAGAAGCUGUUCAUGAUGGAUAUGAAUCCAAUGCAAGACCGACUCAGCAACUGGAUGGAAGAGCCGUCUGGCUAUACACUCCAAGAGUUGACGGAGGUGCUGCUUAGGUCAGACUUACGUCGAGCCAGCAGUUGUGAGAGAUUGCUUUCGACACAAUAAAUCGCAGUCUCAAUCUCAAGCUGCUCAAGCACCGGCCAGAUCGUUCAUCCGUGCAGUUUCAGAGCUCUUAUUAGUAUUUUCUCAGCUUCCAAACUGUCUUUUAGCUCCUCACAACUUUUAACUAUUUACAGUCCAAA